CGUUGCCUGAAUCGUUCCGAACCUCAAUCUUGUAUUACGGGAUUGCAUGAGUGAAAGUAAUAAGGAGUGUAAAAUUAGUGCUCCAGUAUGUCAUCCAGAACUGAUAAAGAUUUAAAAGAUAUCACUAGCAAAAUUCCCGAGAUGGAAAUCGAAGAAACGGGUAAAAAGUUGACCCAUAAAGAAAAGAAAAAGCUCAAAAAACAACAAGAGUAUGAGAAAACUAUGGAAAUGUUGACUAAAACUGGGGGCCAGGGUCACAGUGAAUUAGACUCAAAUUUCACAGUUUCUCAAAGUCAAACUCAGCAACGUGGAGCUCAACAGUUGGAGCAUGCAGUUGAUAUUAAAGUGGAAAAUUUCAGUAUUGCAGCAAAGGGUAAAGAAUUAUUUACCAACGCUAGUUUACUUAUAGCGCAAGGACGACGAUAUGGUCUUGUAGGUCCUAAUGGACACGGUAAAACGACUCUACUGCGUCAUAUUGCCAGUCGAGCAUUUGCAAUUCCUCCAAACAUUGACGUAUUAUAUUGUGAGCAAGAAGUUGUAGCUGACGAUACUCCAGCUGUUGAAGUUGUUUUGAACGCUGAUGUUAAGUAUAAAAAAUUGCAGAAAGAAUGUAAACAAUUAGAAGAGCAAGCAGAAAAUGGAGAUGAAACUAUUCAAACUAAAUUACAAGAAGUUUAUGAAGAAUUAAAAGCUAUCGGAGCUGACUCAGUAGAGCCUCGAGCCAGAAGAAUCCUUGCUGGUUUAGGAUUUAGUAAAGCAAUGCAAGAUCGUGCAACGAAAAACUUUUCUGGAGGUUGGAGAAUGAGAGUAUCAUUAGCAAGAGCUUUAUUUUUAGAACCUACAUUAUUAUUACUUGAUGAACCGACAAACCACUUGGAUCUUAAUGCUGUUAUUUGGUUAGAUAACUAUUUGCAAGGAUGGAAAAAAACCUUACUUGUUGUAUCUCACGAUCAAAGUUUUUUGGAUAACGUUUGUACAGAUAUCAUUCAUUUAGAUCAACAAAAGCUUUUCUACUACCGUGGAAAUUACAGUAUGUUCAAAAAGAUGUAUGAACAAAAAAGAAAAGAAAUGAUAAAAGCGUAUGAAAAGCAAGAGAAACGUUUGAAAGAAAUGAAAGCUUCAGGUCAGAGUAAAAAGCAAGCAGAAAAAAAACAAAAAGAAACUUUGACAAGGAAACAAGAGAAGAAUAGAUCUAAAAUACAGAAGCAAGAGGAUGAUACUGGCCCUCAAGAACUUUUACAAAAACCUCGAGAGUAUGUGGUGAAAUUUAGCUUUCCAGAUCCACCACCCCUUCAACCUCCUAUUCUCGGACUUCACAAUGUAACAUUUGGAUAUCCGGGACAACCACCGUUGUUUAUAGAUGUUGAUUUUGGUAUAGAUUUAAAUUCUCGAGUGGCAAUCGUUGGCCCUAAUGGUGUUGGAAAAUCUACUUUUUUGAAACUUUUAAUAGGUGAUUUGACACCUUUACAAGGUGACUUGAUUCGCAAUCAUCGACUACGAAUAGGAAGAUUCGAUCAGCAUUCCGGAGAACAUCUCACUGCUGAAGAGACUCCAUCUGAAUAUUUAAUGCGUCUUUUUAAUUUACCUUAUGAAAAAGCUAGAAAACAAUUAGGAACAUUUGGAUUAAGCUCCCAUGCUCAUACAAUUAAAAUGAAGGAUCUGUCUGGAGGACAAAAGGCACGAGUAGCUCUUGCUGAACUAUGUUUGAAUGCACCAGAUGUAGUAAUUCUUGAUGAACCGACAAAUAAUCUCGACAUUGAAUCAAUUGAUGCUCUUGCGGAUGCUAUAAAUGAUUACAAAGGUGGUGUUAUUAUAGUAUCUCACGAUGAAAGACUUAUCAGAGAUACUGAAUGUUGUCUUUAUGUAAUUGAAAAUCAAACAAUCAACGAGAUCGACGGAGACUUUGAUGAUUACAGAAAAGAGUUACUCGAGAGUUUAGGUGAAGUGGUUAACAAUCCAAGUAUAGCAGCUAAUGCAGCUGUUCUUCAAUGACCGAAUUCAAAUACUUCCUAGUCUUUUGAUAAAUUAUCGAAUUAUCAUCUUUAUCAAUCAAUGCAUAAAUAAAAUCUCCGAAACGAAAAAUGCUUCUCAGGAUUUUAACAUAGGAAUUAAUUAUAUUGAAUCAAUUUUAUAAUCUUAAUACCAUUAGCCUGUUCAAAUUUAUAAGAAAGGAUUAUUAUGCCACAUUUGCAAAUUGUUGUUUGUGGUUUUUUUAUACUUGCAUAUUAUAAUUUGUUUAUAUUGCGAAAUAACAAAUCUUUUUUAUACUAAAUAUAGUAAAUAAUUUACUUGCAAAACAGUUUGACCACGGAAUGAAAAUUCAAUUGGAGGUGAUGAUAAAAAAAACGAAUAUGCUAUGAAAAUAGUGAAAAUCAUUUUUGAUUGAUUGUAAAUUAUAAAAUUUUAAAGAUGAUUAACCGAAAAAAAAUGUAAUUGUUAUAUUUAAAUUUAUAAUGUAUCUAAGUUUAAUCAGAAUUUAAUAAACCUUUUUAAUAAGGUCGAA